UAACUGAACUGGGGCAAUGUGAGAAUUUAGAAAUAUGUACAGGGGAGCAUUCAGCUCAAAACUCCGGGCUUCGUGGGGCUCGCAAGUCCUAGGCUGGGGCCUCCAGGUGGGCACAUCUGGGAGGCUGAAUCUGCCAAUAGGCCCCCCUCCUGAGUCCAGCUCCGCAUCUGGGCGCCUCCGGCCCAGGUGCGCAGGAAGGAGGCUGUGGCUGUGUCGCGCAAAGCCCCUCACGGCCGCGAGGUGGCGCCAUAGCCGCAGCAGCGCCUGCCGGCCCGGGCCGCUCCAGAUAAGAGUGUGCGGAAAGCGCGGCGGGGCUGAGACGCGACCAGGACGCGGGGAGGACGGACCAGCAGGACAGACCGACCGGGGGCCCGGCGGGCGGAGGGCAGCGCAGCCACGUCCCCCCUGGAUCCGCCGGCAGCCGGGCCCGGGGCUUCCGACAUGCCCCCCAGGAGAUUGUGCUGGGCAGACGAUGCUGGACACGAUGGAGGCGCCCGGCCACUCGAGGCAGCUGCUGCUGCAGCUCAACAACCAGCGCACCAAGGGCUUCUUGUGCGACGUGAUCAUCGUGGUGCAGAACGCCCUCUUCCGCGCACACAAGAACGUGCUGGCGGCCAGCAGCGCCUACCUCAAGUCCCUGGUGGUGCAUGACAACCUGCUCAACCUGGACCAUGACAUGGUGAGCCCGGCCGUGUUCCGCCUGGUGCUGGACUUCAUCUACACCGGCCGCCUGGCUGAUGGCGCGGAGGCUGCGGCGGCGGCCGCCGUGGCCCCGGGGGCCGAGCCGAGCCUGGGCGCCGUGCUGGCUGCCGCCAGCUACCUGCAGAUCCCCGACCUCGUGGCGCUGUGCAAGAAACGCCUCAAGCGCCACGGCAAGUACUGCCACCUGCGGGGCGGCGGCGGUGGCGGCGGCGGCUACGCACCCUACGGGAGGCCAGGCCGGGGCCUGAGGGCUGCCACGCCCGUCAUCCAGGCCUGCUACUCGUCCCCGGCCGGGCCUCCGCCGCCGCCCACCGCCGAGGCGCCGUCGGGCCCCGAGGCCGCGGUGAACACGCACUGCGCCGAGCUGUACGCCUCGGGCCCCGGCCCGGCCGCCGCGCUCUGCGCCCCGGAGCGCCGCUGCUCCCCGCUCUGCGGCCUGGACCUGUCCAAGAAAAGCCCGCCGGGCUCCGCGCCUCCCGAGCGGCCGCCGGGCGAACGCGAGCUGCCCCCGCGCCCAGACAGCCCUCCCAGCGCCGGCCCCGCAGCCUACAAGGAGCCACCGCUCGCCCUGCCGCCCCUGCCGCCGCUGCCCUUCCAGAAGCUGGAGGAGGCCGGACCGCCUCCGGACCCAUUCCGCGGCGGCGGCGGCGGCGGCGGCAGCCCGGGACCCGAGCCCCCCGGCCGCCCCGACGGGCCCAGCCUCCUCUACCGCUGGAUGAAGCACGAGCCAGGCCUGGGCAGCUACGGCGACGAGCUGGGCCGCGAGCGCGGCUCCCCCAGCGAACGAUGCGAGGAGCGAGGCGGGGACCCGGCCGCCUCGCCCGGGGGUCCUCCGCUCGGCCUGGCGCCGCCGCCGCGCUACCCGGGCAGCUUGGACGGGCCUGGCGCGGGCGGCGACGGCGACGACUACAAGAGCAGCAGCGAGGAGACGGGCAGCAGCGAGGACCCCAGCCCGCCCGGCGGCCACCUCGAGGGCUACCCGUGCCCGCACCUGGCCUAUGGCGAGCCCGAGAGCUUCGGCGACAACCUGUACGUGUGCAUCCCAUGCGGAAAGGGCUUCCCCAGCUCGGAGCAGCUGAACGCGCACGUGGAGGCGCACGUGGAGGAGGAGGAGGCGCUGUACGGCAGGGCCGAGGCGGCUGAGGUGGCUGCAGGGGCCGCCGGCCUCGGGCCCCCUUUUGGAGGCGGUGGGGACAAGGUCGCUGGGGCUCCGGGGGGCCUGGGCGAGCUGCUGCGGCCGUACCGCUGCGCGUCGUGCGACAAGAGCUACAAGGACCCGGCCACGCUGCGGCAGCACGAGAAGACGCACUGGCUGACCCGGCCCUAUCCGUGCACCAUCUGCGGGAAGAAGUUCACGCAGCGCGGGACCAUGACGCGCCACAUGCGCAGCCACCUGGGCCUCAAGCCCUUCGCGUGCGACGCGUGCGGCAUGCGCUUCACGCGCCAGUACCGCCUCACGGAGCACAUGCGCAUCCACUCGGGCGAGAAGCCCUACGAGUGCCAGGUGUGCGGCGGCAAGUUCGCCCAGCAACGCAACCUCAUCAGCCACAUGAAGAUGCACGCCGUGGGUGGCGCGGCCGGCGCGGCCGGGGCGCUGGCGGGGCUGGGGGGGCUCCCCGGCGUCCCCGGCCCCGAUGGCAAGGGCAAGCUCGACUUCCCCGAGGGCGUCUUUGCUGUGGCGCGCCUCACGGCUGAACAGCUGAGCCUGAAGCAGCAGGACAAGGCGGCUGCGGCCGAGCUGCUGGCCCAGACCACGCACUUCCUGCACGACCCCAAGGUGGCGCUCGAGAGCCUCUACCCGUUGGCCAAGUUCACUGCGGAGCUGGGCCUCAGCCCCGACAAGGCGGCCGAGGUGCUGAGCCAGGGAGCGCACCUGGCCGCCGGCCCCGACGGCCGGACCAUCGACCGUUUCUCCCCGACCUAGAGCGGUCUUGCCGCCGCGUGGCCCCGGCCCGCGCCCCUAGGCAGCGGCGGCGGGGGCCACCAUCAGGCAGGCACACCGCGCCCGACGACUGUAGUAGCUGCGGCAGCGUCGCCGCAGGGGCGGCGGCCCCACCUGGCCUCACUGCUUUGUGCCUUA